UCGCAGACACUCGCCGGCCCGGGACGCCAGUAGCGCUACGGUCCGCGAGCCGCGAGCCGCGUGCAGACCCUCGGUGCGCUCCCGUCGCGGCGCCAGCAGAGACGCGGCGUGACGUGACGUGAGGUGACGCGGCGCGACGAGUGCUCGCGGGCGCGCCCUCCGCGCGGCGGUCACGGACGGAACGGCGGCCGAGGAGCGCCGCCCAGGGCCCGCCGGCGCCGCUGGCGGGCCCCUCAGCCGGCGUCGGCGUCGUGGCUCCUGCUUCCCGCUCCCGAAGAUGCUGCUGCUUCUGGCGGCCGCAACGCUGCUGCGCUCGGGCCACGCCGCCGUCAAAGGUUCCGGCGCCGCUGGAGACGGCGCUGGCGGCGGCGGCGCAGACGGCGCGGCGGUGCAGCAGCUGCCGCGGCCGGUGCUCGACGACCCCAUCGCCGACCCCGACUUCACGGACGAGAUCCGCAACGCGACGGUGGCCGUGGGCCGCGAGGCAGUCCUCUCCUGCCCAGUCUCCAACCUGGGACCCUACAAGGUGGGGUGGCUGAGGGCGGAGGACCAGACGGUGCUGGCGCUGCACGACAAGGUGGUGACGCACAACGCGCGCAUCACCGUCUCGCACGACGGGGAGCGCACGUGGCGGCUGCACAUCCGGCAGGUCAAGGAGACGGACCGCGGCUGCUACAUGUGCCAGAUCAACACCAGCGUCAUGAAGAAGCAGCUCGGCUGCCUAGACGUCCUCGUUCCGCCCGACAUCGUGGACGACGCGACGAGCUCCGACGUGACGGUGCGCGAGGGCGACGACGCGACGCUAGUGUGCCGGGCCACGGGCAAGCCGGCGCCGCGCGUCGUGUGGCGCCGCGAGGACGGCGAGCCGAUGCUGAUCCGCAGCGGGCCCAGGGAGGUGGCCAAGCUGGACACCGUCAACGGGGACGAGCUGCGUCUGUCGAGACUCGACCGCCGCCAGAUGGCCGCCUACCUGUGCAUCGCGUCCAACGACGUGCCGCCGGCGGUCAGCAAGCGCAUCACGCUCAACGUCAACUUUUCUCCUGUGGUUAAAGUGCCCAACCAGCUGGUGGGAGCGCCCCUGGGGACAGACGUUCAGCUGGAGUGCUUCGUGGAGGCCUUCCCCAACACCAUCAACUACUGGGUGAAGAACCGCGGCGAGAUGCUGCUAGACGGAGUGAAGCACCACGUGGAGGAGGAGAGGUUCUCGUACAAAGUGCACCUGCGGUUGACGAUUCGCAACAUAACGGCCAAGGACUUGGGCACGUACACCUGCGUCUCCACCAACUCACUGGGCCACAACGACGGGACGGUUCGCCUCUACGAGAUCAAAAUCCCGACAAGACCGCCGACAACGACUACGGUAAUACCAGAGACUACCGUCCCAGCACUGAAGACAACUACUCUACGACCGGAUCGGACGAACGCGCUGAUCCUCACUACCAGCCCGCCCCUGCAGGCGAUGGUGGCGGCGUCACCGGUGGAGCCACUGCCACAGCCUCCUGGCCCGUCACGUGACCUGCCCGGGGCGGCGUCUGCCUCGGGGGCGGCGGGGGCAGCAGGUGCGGGGGCGAGCGUGAGUUCGGGAGCGCGCCGCGGCGCCGUGUCGAGGGGCGCGAGAGUGACGCCGGCGCACUGGCUGCUGCCGCUGCUGUUGAUGCCGCUGCUCACGCCAGCCGCCGCUGACUGCCGGUGACGCUCGACGGUUCUGCAGCGGGCGACGUAGAGCUGCUGGUCUGCUCGGGCGGGCAGGAGCUGCCACCUGCUUCCGGAUGUCAGGGCAGCCUCGACAUACUUCACCUCUCUCACAGCCUACGUCUGCACAACGGCAACGAUUUCAGAUGGAGUCACACGAUGAAAACAAUAAUCCUGGAACGCUGUAGUAACAUACCAGUAUAAAACCCACUCUACGUGGUAGUGCAGUACCUGGUGUAGAGCAGCUGGCGAGCGUGGCUCGCUUUUAAGCAGUAAAUGAAAACAGAAAACAGUUGUUCGUCCAACAUGACUGCAUACCUUUUGCUAAGGACAAGCCAUAAAUUGCCAUCCCCUUCAGAUAUAUGAUAUCAACUGCAAAAUCGCAUCACAUGGAAGAAAUAGCAGCUGCACCGAAGUCUGCCGUGGAACGCUCAACCUGGAAAUCUUCUUCUUUGAAAAAUGUGACAGUGUUGUAAUAAACUUUCGAAGUGAUACAAACUGCUGUGCAUUUUUGAAGCAGGUAUUCUCGAGCGAAAUUGAACAUUUUCAUGUGAAUUUUAAUACUGACUGUAUAUAAGCAAACGUACGCUACACAACGAAGGUAUGUGGCAAAGUGAACUCUGUUAAAUCCACAACGUGAAUGGAGACUUCAUUUUUUGCAAAGACUUGUUGGCUUUUCGGCGUUUCUCACUACCUACUUUCUCCUUUUGCGAAACAAUACUAAACCUGCCACACGUCACAGACAUUCCAUACAUUCUUCUGACGUAACCGAGAUCAGAUAAUGUUUUAAUAGGCUAUUAGAUGGUAUAUAAUUGCCUAACUGAAUAAAUGAAAAAAAAAAGAAUUCCAUUGCAUCGAAAGUAUCUGACGAAUCGCUGUGAGAACGUGCUGUAAUAUCUGUCAAAUGCGUUCUUCUCAUCUGAUAUCAAGGCAUAUGUACUGCUACACUAUAAACGAAUGAAUUCCUCCAGUGGUGCAACAUCAUUCCAUUCAAGACUUUUGCAAAACAAGAUAGUAUAACGACUAAUGAGUAUGGUUGCCGUUGGGUAGUUGAACUGGCGCACAGGGCAGUGACUAUCUCUUGCUUCUGUUCUCUUACGACACUAUGUCACCCAGGGAUAACAAUGCGCUUUCCAGAGACGCUGCAAACUGUCAAGUUCCCUCCGAGGACAGAAUUCCCUUCGUUGGACGAGACGAAUGGUUACACCACAAUACAUCAACCCUCACCUGUCUCUCAUGGAUGUUGUCUUCGAUAAUUUUCCAGAAAAUACGCUUGCAGGAAGGCCGUUUGCUUGUAGAUUUUGCUGACCCCGAGUACAGAAAAUAUUUUCGUCCUGCUUUCUGCAAAUUACACACGCCAGUGAACAUUGUAAACCACUUUUGUAAACGUGGAGUGUUGUUAAGUAACGUAGGAACUGUUGUUCCUUCCGCAUAUCAAUUAGUCUGUGUUUUAUCGGAUACCUGAGAGUAAAAGCUUUCCUAUUGCAUUUCACGAAGGCUGGACAUGGGAAAGAUGAGCGAGAAGGUAAUUUUGUGUAACUGUGUACUGUACAUUACUUUGUUAUGAUGUAUGUGUGAGAGAUGUAUGUUAUUAGAUGUAAAACUGUGUAAUAACUAUCAUAUGAAUAAUUAAAUACUCCUGUUUACUAAGAAAAAAA